AUGGUGCCGGCGACAGGUGGGGAGCUGUUGGACCGGGUCGUCAGCAGGGGUCACUUCACCGAGCAAGACGCCACCCAGGCUCUACAGAUGGUUCUGGCUGGGGUUGGAUACCUGCACAGCCUCGGUAUCACCCACAGAGACUUGAAACCUGAGAAUAUUCUGCACUACCACCCCGGAGCCGACUCCAGGUUGGUGGUGACUGACUUUGGAUUGGCUACUUUUGGCGGCACAAUCGCAGAAUCUGAGAUUUGUCAAACUGGAGAAGGCCGGUCGUGGUCUUUGAGCACCACCUGUGGAACCCCACAGUACAUGGCCCCUGAAGUGUUGCUGAGGAAAUGCUAUAUGUGUGUGGUGGACAUGUGGGCUGUGGGGGUAAUCACCUACAUCGUGCUGAGUGGAUGCAUGCCGUUUGAGGACGACAGCCGCACACGACUCUACAGGUCCAUUGUGAGAGGAAAAUACAGCUUCCAUGGAAAUGUAAGUUUGUUGGGCUUUUCAUGUGCAGACUGGAGUUUGGUUUGGUAUUUCUUGUAGCAAAUGGUAGCUCCAUCGACCAAAAUCAAUCAAUUCUCCUUGCAAAUAUGUACAAAUUGGACAAUUCUGAACAACACAUGAGAAAUCAACAUUGUAUUGUUAUAAUCUGCUAUCCUGCUUUCUCCCACCCUCCUCAUCCCCACUCUCACCCCAACCAGUGGAGGCAGAUGGCUGCCUUCCUUGAGCCUGGUUCUAUCAGAGUUUUUUUUGUCGCCCUCUCCAUUAAAGGGUUGUUUUUCUUUAGUUCCUUCCCGUCACCAACUGCUUGCUCAUAGGAGAUCUAAAGGAAAUUUUGGAUUGUUGGGUUCUCUGUUUAAAAUUCAUAAUCCAUAUCUUACUAUGUUAAGUGCAAUGGGAUGGCAUGCAUGUGAAUUGGUGCUAUUUACACUACCGUUCAAAAGUUUGGGGUCACCCAGACAAUUUCAUGUUUUCCAUGAAAACUCCCACUUUUCUCCAUGUGCUAACAUAACUGCACAAGGGUUUUCUAAUCAUCAAUUAGCCUUUCAGCACCAUUAGCUAACACAAUGUAGCAUUAGAACACAGGAGUGAUGGUUGCUGGAAAUGUUCCUCUGUAUCCCUAUGGAGAUAUUCCAUUAAAAAUCAGCCGUUUCCUGCUAGAAUAGUCAUUUACCACAUUAACAAUGUCUACACUGGAUUUCUGAUUAAUUUAAUGCUAUCUUCAUUGAAAAAAAAAAACUGCUUAGGACAUUUCUAAGUAACCCCAAAUUUUUGAAUGGUAGUGUAAAUACUACACAGUUAUAUUACCACUUCAUUGUGUUUUUGCAUUUUAUUAUCACCCAAUACCACCACAAUUUUAAUUAUCUAAAAUUUGUGAAAACCACAAGAGGCAAUGCUCAGCUAAAGAUAACACAAAAAUCCAGUGUUUUAGUGCAACACUUUGUAUCUCAAUUAUCCCAUUUGAGCAAGCUCUUUGGUAACAAUGGAAAGAAAUAAAGCUGCUUUUAACAGGAAGAAACGGACUCAGGAAGGGUGGCUACCUGCUUUAACUGGUUUGGGUGAGGGUAAAGACAAACAGACAAACAACAUAAAGGAAACAAUAAGCAUUGUGGAGAAUACUGGUGGCAGUAAAUGCAUAUCUGGAGCCAAAGAUACCAGCAGAGACGACAAAUACACAAAAGACAACGAGUAAGCAAGCCACAUCUCAAAGAUUUGCCCAAGUAUUUGGAGAACACAAUGUGCAAAUACUUGAAAUUAAUAAAUAAUUCUUACUAGAGCAGCCUUCACUACAUUGGCUGAUGCUAUGAUGUUCUCACUUGUACGAUCAGCCGUGAAAAAUUCAGUUUACAAACAGCCAAUUUUCAGUUGGAAUUAAUAAAGCGGACGAUGAGACUUUUUAACUCUGUCUGGCUGAAACACAAGUCUGUUGCAGCUGCAUAUCAUUCCACUUGCUCUGUUUCAACUUGCAUUUUUCACUCAGCUCUCAGAUGGCAAGCUUGAGAAAAAAUGAUGGAGUUACAUGUCAAGGGACCGGAUUGUGUCUUCAAACCCUCUUUUUCUCUGCUAAUUGAUAAAUUGAUGAAAAGUUACUGCAAUAU